GCUUCCUUAGUUCUUAUGCACCGGAAUAUGAACUAGGGGUAUCUGCUCAUACAGGUGGUUGAAACAAUCACGACAGCCACCAUGAAUAAGGCGGCUGGAGGUGACCAGCUCGCGGAACUCUUCAGUCUGAUCCCAGGCCUCCUGGAGGCGGCCAACAGGAGUGGCAACGCCUCGCUGCAGCUUCAGGAUUUGUGGGAGCUGGGGCUGGAGUUGCCGGACGGAGCGGCGCCGGGGUAUCCACCCAGCAGCAGUGGGGCAGAGAGUUCGGAUGCAGAGGCCCGGGUGCGGAUCCUCAUCAGUGCGGUGUACUGGGUGGUUUGCGCACUGGGGCUGGCGGGCAACCUCCUUGUCCUCUACCUGAUGAAGAGCAAACAGGGCUGGCGCAAAUCCUCAAUCAACCUCUUCGUUACCAACCUGGCGCUGACGGACUUUCAAUUCGUGCUCACUCUGCCCUUCUGGGCGGUGGAGAACGCGCUGGACUUCAAGUGGCCCUUCGGUAAGGCCAUGUGUAAGAUCGUGUCUAUUGUCACCUCUAUGAACAUGUAUGCCAGCGUCUUCUUCCUCACUGCCAUGAGUGUGGCGCGCUACCAUUCUGUGGCAUCAUCCCUUAAGAGCCACCGGACCCGAGGGCACGGCCAUGGCAACUGUUGUGGCCAGAGCCUGGGAGAGAGCUGCUGCUUCUCAGCCAAAGCUCUGUGUGUGUUGAUCUGGGCUUCGGCUGCUCUGGCCUCGCUGCCCAAUGCCAUUUUCUCCACCACCAUCAAGGUGAUGGGUGAGGAGCUGUGCCUCGUGCGCUUCCCUGACAAGUUGCUGGGUGGCGACAGGCAGUUCUGGCUUGGCCUGUACCAUUUGCAGAAAGUGCUGGUAGGCUUUGUGCUGCCCCUAGGCAUCAUCAGCCUGUGCUACCUGCUGCUGGUGCGCUUCAUCUCAGACCGCUGCGUGGUGGGGACCGAAGUAGGGAUAGCAGCUGCUGGGGGAAGCCUGUCUGGAGCUAGCGCUAGGAGACGGUCCAAGGUCACCAAAUCAGUGACCAUCGUGGUCUUAUCUUUCUUUCUGUGUUGGCUGCCUAACCAGGCGCUCACCACAUGGAGUAUCCUCAUCAAGUUCAACGCGGUACCCUUCAGCCAGGAGUAUUUCUUGUGCCAGGUGUACGCGUUCCCGGUGAGCGUGUGUCUAGCGCAUUCCAACAGCUGCCUCAACCCAAUACUCUACUGCCUAGUGCGCCGCGAGUUCCGCAAGGCGCUCAAGAACCUGCUGUGGUGUAUCACGUCGCCUUCGCUCACCAGCAUGCGCCCUUUCACAGCUACCACUAAGCCAGAGCCAGAGGAUCACCGGCUGCAGGCUCUGGCGCCACUCCACGCAGCUGCUGAACCUGACGUGCUCUACUAUCCGCCUGGUGUAGUGGUCUACAGUGGGGGACGCUACGACCUGCUGCCCAGCAGCUCAGCCUACUGA